AUGACUAGCUUUGACGAAACAUUCGACCUUGCCGUCCAGAACGGCGAUAUCGCAGGCGCCGUCAUGCUGGCGAAGAGCAAAUCUGGGUCCACUAUUCUCUCGAAAGCCAUAGGCACUCAGAACCUAAAGCCAGGAGAUGAUACGCCCUACACAGGCCAAAGUGUGAUGCUGCUGGCAUCGCUGACAAAGCUCUUAACAUCCAUCGCUGCUCUUCAGCUCGUGGAACGAGGCCAAGUGACGCUGGACCAAGACAUCUUGCCUCUACUCCCAGCGUUCGCCGCAUUAGAUAUAUUUCACGGCUACACAGCCGAUGGCAAGCCCAUCCUCACGAAGCGCCAUAAUCCCGUCACACUGCGCCAACUGCUGACGCACAGCUCCGGCGCCGCGUACUCGUUCACCCUGGACUCGCCACUGGCUGAGUACAGGACUCGGAUCCAGGGGCGCACCCUCUUGAAUGGAGACACAAUCGACACCAUGUUCGACUACCCACUGCUGUUCGAAGCAGGCGAGGGGUGGCAGUAUGGCAGCUCGAUCGACCGGGUGGGCCAAGUCAUCGAGGCCAUCUCCGGGCAGUCCCUGGAGGACUUCUUCGCCGCCAACAUCUACGCGCCACUCGGCCUCACGACCGGCACAUUCUGGCCAGACCGGCGCCGAGACCUGGACCCGCACCGCGCGGCGCUGACGUACCGCAGCCCGGAGACGGGCCGCGUUGUCGCCACCUCCCAGGAGGAGUCGCUGACCGACGGCCUGACCGAGCCCUUCGGCGGGCACGGGCUGUUCAUGAGCGCGGACGACUACCUCGAGGUGCUGCACUCGCUGCUCGCGGACGACGAGCGGCUGCUGCGGCGCAAGACGAGCGCGCUGAUGUUCCGCGGCCACCUCUCGGCCGCCAGCCGCGCGCGGCUCGGCGAGCAGAUGCAGAACGCCGACUGGACCGUGGGCGACUUCCCCAGCAGCAUGGAGUACGACUGGGGGUUUGGCGGGAUGCUGAUCGACGGGGCGUUUCACGACUACCACAGGAAAGGAACGCUGGUCUGGGGCGGCGCGGGCAAUCAGUACUGGUUCAUUGACCGAGAGUCCGGUGUCUCCGCUGUCCUGGGAACCCAGGUGUUCCCCUCUGGGGACAAGAAGGUUGAGAAACUGCUUACGGCGUUCCAGAAGGAGGUCUACGAGCGUAUUGGCAAGGGUCGUCAACAGUGA